AUGUUUUUACUAAAAAACGAAAGCGAAGAAUCCCCAAAGGAAAUAUUAAUAAAUGAAUUGAAAUAUAAAAUCCGCAUUUUAUCAGGAAUUGUUUUUGUUAUAAGAGCUAUACCAACAAUGUUAAAUUUGUUUAGCUCAAAGGAAUAA